AUGGGACCCUCUCGCUUGAAGCGCACGUUGACACUAUGCGCAAUGCUUCUGAAUUGGAUUAAAUGUGUCAAUGCAUUGAUAUGUGAUUUCGCAUAUCCGGAUGAUUUACUUGCCAGACACGCUCUCGUAACGUGUCAAAUGGACAUCGACUACUCUGGCCCAGUAACCGCCAUCUGCCCGAGCAGCGUAGAUGACACGAAUUACAUCUGGCAUCCGCAACAAACCGUUGAUCAGGACGUUCAUCUUAACGCUUAUGUCAAUGAAAAUCGCAAGUUCAAGUCCGUUGCCAUUUCGGAUGUCGUGCGCUCUGAAGCCCACACUCCAAUAAUAUGGUUCGAACCAGACGUUUCUCAAACGAAGUUGCAUUUAAACACGUCAGCCAACGAUUUGAUUGCCAUUACCGAACACCGUCUGAUAUUCAUUUGCGGGCCUCAAGAUUUUAUUUUGACUGAAGCAAUACAGCUUUAUCUUCACCUUAACCGCCACCGCUUCGAUGGCCAAACCCAGAUGCUAACGUUCCCAUGGGAUGACUCCACGCCGCUCACUCAUCAAAGUGCUCAUACAGCUCGAGGUUUGGGUGUUCUUACUUUGAAUCGGUUGAAUCGACAUCUGCCUCUUCAAGGGUGUGGCAGCCGUCCCUCUCCACUCUUUUCUUUGGACAGUGAGGUCACUGUGGACCCUAUCACCGGUGUUCGUUCAUGUGUGGCGGAUCCUAUGUCAAAACUCCCUAUCGGAUUUGUUUGCGAAGGCAGGAUUGAACCUUCUGAUUGCAUGAGAUCACUCAUCGACCAUAAUGGAGAGGUUGUGGAUGCCCCUGAACCAUACGCAUACUGGAAUUUUUACAACAGCAAACCCUGGAUAAUAGCCGAAUAUUUCAAUCAAUUAGCACUGCCACCUUUCAAUGGUAAAUGUUGGUGUAAAGAUCACGAAACAGAUCAAGUGAAGGCUACCAUUGAGAUCCGUGCGAAAAGCGAAUACGUCUGUGACAUCGCAAACAUGAUAUGCCUCAAUCGAUGGCACCCAGUAACUGGCCCUUGGUGUUCCGUUGUACUACACCCUGGCAGUACGUUGACCAUAAAGUUCCCAGUAAAGGGUGUCUAUUGGGAUUCUCGUAGCGCUCAUUGUGCGGCUACCUCAUUAAUUCAUAAUAUUCCUAAGUUUACAUUCAAGACAGACUUCUUUCCUACGGACUUGCUUAGGCUGCGACAACUGAGCUCACAGUAUGAUGUUGAUGCUUACGAGGAAGUCUUGUACCAUGAAACCCUUGCUGGAGAUGCCCUCGAUCUGGAUGUUUCACAAAUGUUCCGGGGAGAGGUGAAGCUGAAGUACCAUGCGGGCAAACCUCUCGCUCUAAUAAGAGGUAUAAAUUCAUUCCAUUUUAAUUGGUCGUUGAUAUACAAACACAUGGCUCUCUUUGAUAUGAUUCGCGCAAUCGUGAAUGUAUCCUUUGCGUUUACUCAUCAGUACACAAUUACGGGUUGCGACCGAGAACAAACAAAUCUCUUCGAUCACAAUUUUAGCAAGGAUUAUUGUUAUACUAGUUCGAUGGGGAACGGUAUAGGGGGCAUUUAUGAGUGUGCGUUUCGUCUCAAGUGGGGAAGUUUGCGAGCUGGCAUUCGCUGCAGACAAAAUGAAGAGCUGUUACCAAACAACUGUGACAACGUGGCAUAUGAUCUCUACUCCAAUCAAAUUGUGCCAUUUCCUGGAUCCCUUCGCAAUGUAACACCAUAUCCCAUGCAAGGAUUUAAGGUAUUGGAUUUUGAAUUUCGCAACGAAAAUCCCGUAAUCCAUGCAUGUGUCUGUGUUGAUCAACGUGGAUACGAAACCUCCAGGAUCAUUUUAGAGUAUGACCAUCAAAAGCACUAUACCUACGGAAUUAAUAGCCAAAGCGCACUUCACACCUCACUCCCAUUCAUAUGGAUAGUUUGGCCGGAUACACAAGCGUUAGUUGAGGUACCAACAGCGCCAAUAUGUGUCAAGAUACAAGAUAUACCCCAGGAGUCUAUUGCAAUGCGCGUUGGGGAAACCUUGAACCUACAUUGUGGCAUUGAUUCCGCAGCGUCUUUGCAAUAUGACCCUUUCGUCCUUGGAACAGAUGAUGACGAUAUGGCAACGAUAUGGCUCCCAGAACAAACUGCAGAAUUUCAUUAUGCCAUUGAGCCAGCAGGAGAUGGAGUUGGACUUCUUCGUAUGAGAUACACAGAUUCGAUGGCCACUUCUUCGGGCAGUUUACGAAUCACCAACUACACCCACUUAACGGCAUAUAAAUCGUUAAGAAUAGAAACUAUUGGAAGCGCCAUUCUGAUCUCCAAAGAUUCUGUCCACAAGGACCACGCUCCGUUGACAUUCGUCUGCGGCAAAACACUUAAACCAUCUGGGGAGUCCGCCACCACUGGCAAUGCGUCCACCUCAAACACCUCUGUAGAACGUAAUUUGCAGGUCGAAGAAUCGCCAAAACAAUAUGCGUGGAGCCUAGUACACGUUAACAUCAAGACCACGGACCCCUACAUGCAAGGCUGCGGUGUCACCUAUGAAUCAGAUGAGUUGUUCAAGCCUGAGACACCCAAAAUCUACGAUGAGAACGGACAAGAAAUCGGCUGCAGGAUAGACCUACAGGCUGGGGGCGAGGCAGCAUUCUACUGCCCAGCACCCUACGUCCUGGACCCACCCAAUUGCUUUAACCAAGUUUACGUGAACGGAGACGUGACCAACGUAAACAACAUCAGCAAUUCGUUAGUAGCGUCACAUUCCAACCACUUCGUUACCUUGCGGUUCGACGGUUCGCAGAUGGGACCCGGAGAAGCGCUGCGCGAAACGCCGCCCUUGGAGUGCCGAUGUGUCACUAUCAAGGGUAUUGUUCUCUCCACCAUCCAGAUUGACAACUACUACGCCUAG